AUGAUCGUCAACCGCUCUCUCCUACUAUACUGGAUCCUCGGCUGUCAUCUUAUGGCCCCGAGUAUUGCUGGCAACCACUACCAAGAUGGAAGUAACCUUAAGUAUGCGGUCCCCGAUCAUAAACGCGUUUCUAUCAUUAAGAUAGAGAGCGAUGGCAUAUCCUGUCCCUCGGGCUUCAAGAGUGCCUCACGCCAGAACAUUCCUGGAGUCGGUCUGACUUGCCUGCAAAUAGAUCGCAACAUGGCUGGUAAUUCACCAGUGCGAGAAAACAAAGCCACUUGCUGCACCAAAGACUACCAGGAUGUCUUCCUUGUCUCCAUAGCAGGGCACGACACUCCACGCCCCCGCGCGCUGUACACCCUCGAUGCAAAGACUUGCUGCCCCAGCAACCAGGUUCAAGCAGAGACUGGCGUUCAGCAGUGCAAGUACGAGGGCAAGUCCCUCAAAGUCCAAUAUGGCGAGUUGACUCAUUGUUGCUGGGACACUGCGCGAAAAGACUUCCAUGCUCAUCUCAAAGACUAUUCGGUCGGAAUUCGUGUUCCCUUGAAUAAUGACACAACGCUGCCGUUAGACAAUCCUGUUUGUAAGUCUGUCUACAUCAAGGCAGGGAUUGCCACCGCUCGCGCGUCAAAUGUCCAGAUCGAUGUGUUUGCAGAGCUUAGAUGCGGUACUUUCGGGAACAAAAGUUAUAAACAGACGUUGACCAUCAACUUUAACCGCAACCAACGCAAGGCUGGAACCUUCACUUUCGGCUUUAGCGUGGGAAAUGCCGUGGUGGAUAUCAGUUCCCAGCUGGCUGAGACUGGUCCUAGCAGUGGUCAUUACGACAUCAAGCUCCAUGGAGAUGUGUUUGGCACUGCAAUUCUCGGAUCGGUACACGUGCCGUUUGACCACGCUAUUUCUCAUAAUGAAUAUUUGGACUCGUAUAUUGGUGUAAAUGGUGUUUGCUGA